CAGACAAUCAAAAACAGCGCAUGCACUGAAUAACCUUGGCACUGCUACUGCAAAAAUCUACCAACUACUGUACACAGAGAGCAAUGACAAGCUACAGAAACUCUACGAUCCAUACCGAUGGCAAGUUCCCCAAUGAUGACAGUUCCACAGGAUUUCUGGCCUUGCUCAUUACGACAGAUGACUUCUCUGGUGAUUACACGUAUAUUUCAAAUUCUACGGACGAUCUGAAUCUGAUUGAGAUGUGUGAACCCAGCAAUAAGCAGGAGGUGACCAAUGUGGCCAUCCAGGUUGCCCUUUUCUUCAUCAUCUUCUUCCUCGGUGUAACCGGCAACGGACUGGUCAUUGCCACUUUCGGCCAGUACCGCCGCCUGCGUCUGUGCUGCAUGACCGACGUCUUCCUCUUCCACCUAGCACUGUCUGACUUGCUGCUCCUGUUGACCCUGCCGCUACGCACAGGUGAGGCCCUCGCUGGCGGCUGGUUCUUUGGAGAGGGUCUGUGCAAGCUGAACCAUGGCGUGCACGCGAUCAACACAUACAGCGGCCUGCUGCUGCUGGCGUGCAUCAGUGCGGACCGCUACCUAGUGGUGGUCCGCGCGCGGGCGGCACAGAAGCUGCGGCCGGCCAUGCUGUGCUACGGUGGGCUGUGUGCCAUUGCUGUGGCGAUCGCCUCAGUGCUGCUGAGCCUGCCGGAGCUCAUCUUCUCCUCUGUGAAGCAGGAAGCUGGCAACGUGGCGCAACGCUGUGGCAUGAACAUCUGGAUGGAGGCCGACAGUGGCUGGGUGAAGAAGUUGGCAAAUGUGGCUAAGAUUGUGGGCUUCUGUGUGCCCUGCGUGGCCAUGCUGGUGUUUUACGGUGCCAUCGGGCAUGUGCUCCUGCAGGGUAAGGCCAAAUGCUGGCGCAGACAGAGGACACUGCGUCUCAUGUUGGCAUUGGUGCUGCUCUUCCUGCUCUUCCAGCUGCCAUACACCCUGGUGCUGUCUUUCCGAGUGUUUAUAGCUAUGAGUACUUGCGACGAGUGGGGCAGGGCCCACCUGAGCGAGGACGUUACCCGCAGCCUGGCAUACGUGCGUUGCUGUCUCAACCCUGUGCUCUAUGCCUUCGUGGCCGUGCGCUUCCGUAAUGAUGUGCUGAGGUUGCUGCAGGACAGGGGAUGUAUGUGUGCAUAUCUCUCACAUCUGUUGCCACAUCCAGAGCCUGGAGGUAUGACCACACCUCCUCCCACAACUCUCACAGCUGUCUCCUCUGUUCACGGACCCCCUAAAAGCCCACCUGUCACCGCCUCACCCCUCAUGCCACAGGAUAACAGCAAAGAAUCAGGCCUGCCCAACUUGCUUUUCUGUCCCCAAUCCAUACAAAGACACUGCGCUCGUGAGCUGCGGACAGCAAUGAUUCUGCCUACACCUGCCAGCAAAUUUUAGAUUAGUACCACCUGCAGUUGAUUUAUGAAUUGCAUCACUGUCAAAUGUGUUUCCUCGGCAGAAUUUAUGCAUGCCUUCUUCUUGCAUAUGUGCAUUUUUACUGUACCUUUCCUGACUGUAUGUUCUGUCUUGCUUUAGAUUGAUUUAAAUGUGUAAAAGAUUUAAAUGAGUCACCUGACAUUAUCAAGAUGCGAGACCACAGCAAGACCACAGUGAAUUUGCCACACAUAAAAGUCAUACCCAUAAUGUAAAAUUCAUCUGAAAUGGUUGUAAUUUUUGAAGAUAUUUGUUUUGGGAAUUUCAUUUUAAAAACAAAUGUCUGAUUUGUUUUCCCAUUAUACUGUACAAAACCUUUUUCUAAAAAAAAAACAAAAAAACAAAAACUUUGAAAUUUUAAUAUGUGACUCAAUAACUGAUGUACAGCCGUUCAAUUCAUUUUUAUCAGGAGUAAUAUUCAUUUUGGAGCUGACUGUAAUUACUGCGCUAUAAAUAAAAAAGAUUUAUUUAAUCUUCAUUUUAAUAAGACAGCAGCUCUUGUGAAAUAGUUCCCUAAAGAAAUGUUUCAUAAAGCUGAGAUUCUUGUGUGUCUGGUUUGUAUUUGGAAAACCAUUGUUGAUGAGGGGAACCACGCUCAGCCCUGCACUGCCACACCUACUUCUAGUACACACCUCCGAUCUGAUUCGCCAGAGUACUAGUACAUACCUCCGAUCUGAUUCGCCAGAGUACAUACCUGAUCAUCGUUCUCCUCAUCAUUGCCCCCCUACUUAAGCUCCCCUCCCUCGCAUUCAUGUCGCAAAGUAUUGCCAACUCAAUUCCAGAUUCGAGCAUACCUCGUCUCCUGCCUGAUGCCUGGACACCGUGUUAUCGACCUUAGAACAACCUGACUACGAAUACCUGCCUGA